AUGUGACAGUCCGGAGGCCAGAACCGGGCAGGUUGCGUGAAGCGCAGGGGUUUGACAAAAACAAACGGUGACGGCGCCGCGGAAGGGUCUAUGGCCGAGGCGGUGAAGCCCCAGCGCCGGGCCAAGGCCAAGGCCAGCCGGACUAAAACAAAGGAAAAGAAGAAAUAUGAAACCCCUCAGAGGGAAGAGUCCAAUGAAGUCUCCCUUCCAAAAACCUCCAGAGAGCAGGAAAUCCCUUCUCUAGCCUGUGAAUUCAAAGGAGACCAUCUGAAGGUGGUAACUGAUUCCCAGCUCCAGGAUGAUGCCAGUGGACAAAAUGAGAGUGAAAUGUGUGAUGUACCACUCACCUCCUUAACUAUAAGCAAUGAAGAGUCCCUGAUAUGUAACACAGAGCCCCCAAAGGAAGGGGGAGAGGCCAGACCCUGUGUGGGGGACAGUGCAGUCAUGCCAAAGGUCCACCCUGGAGACAAUGUUGGAACUAAAGUAGAAACCCCCAAGAACUUCACAGAGGUAGAGGAAAGUAUGUCGGUACAAGGUGGACUUUUAGAAAGUGCACCGCAAUCUAAUUUUUCUUAUACUCAGCCAGCAGUGGAAAAUAUACAAGUCAGAGAAACUCAGAAUAGUAAAGAAGACAAACAAGGCCUGGUUUGUUCUUCAGAGGUACCACAGAAUGUUGGCUUGCAGAGUUCUUGCGCAGCCAAACAUGGUUUUCAGACACCUAGAGUGAAGAAACUGUAUCCCCAGUUGCCAGCUGAAAUUGCCGGAGAAGCACCAGCUUUGGUGGCAGUGAAACCCUUGCUUCGUAGUGAGCGACUCUACCCAGAACUCCCGUCUCAACCGGAACUAGUACCAUUUACUAAAGAACAGCUAAAAAUCUUGGAGCCUGGUUCAUGGCUGGAAAAUGUCGAGUCAUAUUUAGAAGAAUUUGACAGCAUGGCUCAUCAAGACAGGCAUGAAUUUUAUGAGUUGCUUUUGAACUACUCACGAUGUAGGAAGCAACUGCUGCUGGCCGAAGCUGAGCUGCUUACUCUGACAUCUGAUUGCCAAAAUGCUAAAAGUCGGCUGUGGCAGUUUAAGGAGGAACAAAUGUCUGUACAGGGUAUCUGUGCAGAUCAAGUGAAAGUUUCCAGCUAUCAUCGCUACCAAAGAGUGGAAAUGAAUGAAAAUGCACUGGUGGAGCUAAAGAAGCUAUUUGAUGCCAAAUCUGAGCACCUCCACCAGACCCUGGCCCUUCAUUCAUAUACUUCUGUGCUCUCAAGAUUGCAAGUGGAGUCUUACAUUUAUGCAUUGCUCAGUAGUUCAGCUGUUCUGAGAUCUUUAGCAAUUCACCAGCAAGGCCAAGCGUCUAAGCAGACAGAAAGCAUUCCCUCUGAUCUGUGUCAGCUAAAGGAAUGCAUUAGUGUCUUAUUCAUGUUCACCAGGAGAGUUAAUGAAGAUACUCAGUUUCAUGAUGAUAUUCUUCUCUGGCUGCAGAAAUUGGUAUCCGUGCUACAAAGAGUUGGCUGUCCUGGAGAUCACCUCUUCCUUCUAAACCAUAUUCUUCGAUGCCCCGCUGGUGUUAGUAAAUGGGCUGUUCCUUUCAUCCAGAUCAAAGUGUUGCAUAACCCAUCAGGGGUCUUUCAUUUUAUGCAAUCCCUUGCCCUGCUGAUGUCUCCUGUCAAAAAUCGAGCUGAGUUUAUGUGCUACAUGAAGCCCAGCGAGCGGAAGCCAUCCUCCUCAGGGCCUGGGUCCGGGACCUGGACGCUAGUAGACGAAGGAGGAGAAGAGGAUGAAGACCCUGAGACCAGUUGGAUUCUCCUUAAUGAAGAGGAUUUGGUUACCCUUUUAGCACAGUUCCCCUUUCAUGAACUCUUUCAACAUCUUCUUGGGUUUAAAGCAAAAGGUGAUUAUUUACCUGAAACAACAAGACCUCAAGAGAUGAUGAAAAUUUUUGCCUUUGCCAACUCACUAGUGGAACUUCUGGCUGUGGGGUUAGAAACCUUUAAUAGAGCACGCUAUAGGCAGUUUGUGAAGCGAAUUGGUUAUAUGAUCAGGAUGACCCUUGGUUAUGUAAGUGACCACUGGGCACAGUAUGUGAGCCAUAAUCAAGGCUCAGGAGUGGCCCAGCAGCCCUACUGUAUGGAGAAACUACAGGUUGAAUUUGAUGAGCUGUUUUUGAGGGCUGUCCUACAUGUGCUGAAGGCCAAAAGACUUGGCAUUUGGCUGUUUAUGUCCGAGAUGCCCUUUGGGACUCUGUCUGUGCAAAUGCUGUGGAAGCUCUUCUACCUCAUGCACCAGGUGGAGAGCGAGAACCUGCAGCAGCUCUCCUCCUCCCUGCAGCCCGCCCAGUGCAAGCAGCAGCUCCAAGACCCAGAACAUUUUACCAACUUUGAGAAGUGUCUUUCUUCUAUGAAUAGCUCAGAAGAGAUUUGCCUUCUGACUACCUUUGCUCAGAUGGCUCAGGCCAGAAGAACCAAUGUGGACGAAGACUUCAUAAAAAUUAUUGUUCUGGAGAUAUAUGAGGUAUCUUAUGUCACCCUGUCUACCAGAGAGACUUUUUCAAAGGUUGGUCGAGAGCUUUUAGGGACUAUCACAGCUGUUCACCCUGAGAUAAUUUCUGUCCUUCUGGAUAGAGUUCAAGAGACCAUUGACCAGGUUGGAAUGGUUUCUCUCUACUUGUUUAAAGAACUGCCUUUGUAUCUUUGGCAACCUUCUGCAUCUGAGAUAGCGGUGAUUCGGGAUUGGUUAUUGAAUUACAACCUGACAGUGGUGAAGAAUAAACUGGCCUGUGUUAUUCUUGAAGGACUGAAUUGGGGAUUUGCUAAACAGGCUACCCUUCAUCUGGAUCAAGCAGUCCAUGCUGAAGUGGCUUUAAUGGUUCUUGAAGCUUAUCAGAAGUACCUUGCACAGAAGCCAUACGCUGGGAUUCUUUCUGAAAGUAUGAAGCAGGUUUCAUAUUUGGCCAGUAUUGUUCGAUAUGGAGAGACGCCUGAGACCUCAUUUAACCAAUGGGCCUGGAAUUUAAUCUUGAGGCUAAAACUGCACAAAAACGAUUAUGGAAUACAGCAGAAUUGUCCAGCUGUUCCCUUCUCCGUCACUGUGCCUGACAUGACAGAGUCACCCACGUUUCAUCCUCUCUUGAAGGCUGUGAAAGCGGGCAUGCCCAUUGGCUGUUAUCUAGCCUUAUCUAUGACAGCUGUGGGCCACAGCAUUGAGAAGUUCUGUGCAGAAGGCAUCCCACUGUUGGGAAUUCUGGUCCAGUCAAGACAUUUGAGAACAGUGGUCCAUGUCCUGGAUAAGAUUCUGCCUUUAUUUUACCCUUGCCAGUAUUACCUUCUGAAGAAUGAGCAGUUUUUGUUGCAUCUCCUCUUGUUCCUACACUUGGACAGCGGUGUCCCUCAGGGUGUCACACAACAGGUCACCCACAAGGUGGCACAGCACCUGACAGGAGCCAGCCAUGGGGACAAUGUGAAGCUUCUCAACAGCAUGAUCCAGGCACACAUAUCUGUAAGCACUCAGCCCAAUGAAGUGGGCCCCGUUGCUGUGUUGGAGUUCUGGGUUCAGGCUCUCAUAAGCCAGCAUCUCUGGUACCGAGAACAACCUAUCCUCUUCCUCAUGGACCAUUUGUGUAAAGCAGCUUUUCAGCUGAUGCAGGAAGACUGCAUACAGAAAUUACUCUACCAGCAACAUAAGAAUGCCUUGGGUUACCACUGUGACCGGAGUCUGCUCUCGUCUUUGGUAAGCUGGAUUGUGGCAGGCAACAUCACUCCUUCCUUCAUGGAGGGCUUGGCCACGCCCACUCAGGUCUGGUUUGCCUGGACAGUGCUCAACAUGGAAUCCAUCUUUGAAGAGGAUUCCCAGCUCCGGAGAGUUAUUGAAGGGGAAUUGGUGAUAAACUCUGCUUUCACCCCUGACCAAGCUCUGAAGAAAGCCCAGACCCAGCUGAAGCUCCCCAUCGUGCCAUCCCUCCAGAGGCUGCUGAUUUAUCGCUGGGCCCACCAGGCUCUGGUCACGCCUUCUGAUCACCCCCUCUUGCCACUCAUUUGGCAGAAGUUCUUCCUUCUGUAUCUUCACCGUCCAGGACCACAGUAUGGGUUACCCAUAGAUGGUUGUAUUGGAAGAAGGUUUUUUCAAAGUCCUGCUCAUAUCAGUUUGUUGAAAGAAAUGAAGAGACGUUUGACCGAGGUGGCUGACUUCCACCAUGCUGCAAGCAAGGCCCUCCGUGUUCCAGCAGAGGGCAGUGAAGGGCUGCCAGAGAGCCACUCUGGCACGCCUGGUUACCUGACUUCACCAGAACUGCACAAGGAGCUGGUGAGGCUCUUCAAUGUAUAUAUAUUAUGGCUAGAAGAUGAGAAUUUUCAAAAAGGAGAUACCUAUAUCCCUUCUCUACCAAAGCAUUAUGAUAUUCACAGGCUAGCAAAAGUGAUGCAGAAUCAGCAGGAUCUGUGGAUGGAGUAUUUGAACAUGGAGCGCAUCUAUCAUGAGUUUCAGGAGACUGUUGGUCUGUGGACACAGGCCAAGCUUGAGUCCCAUUCCACACCCUGCAGUUUGUCCGUGCAGCUGGACUUCACUGAUCCUUUGCUGGCUAAAGAAAGGGUUUUAAGUAACUUGCGGAAGCAUGAGGCUCCCCAGCCUCCCCUUGUUCUGCACCCGACGAAGCCUCCUGUGCCAGUUAUUUCCUCUGCUGUGCUAUUGAGUCAGAAGGACGCCACACAGCUGGUGUGCACAGACCUGAAUCUGUUGCAACAGCAGGCCAGAACCGCAGCUCUUCGGGAAUCUCAGCAGGUUGCUCUGGAUGGUGAGCUGUUGGACACAAUGCCAAAGCAGUAUGUGAAUCGUGAAGAACAGACCACACUGCAUUUGGAGUGCAGAGGCAGCAGCGGUAAGAAAUGCCAAGGAGCCGCAGUUGUCACGGUUCAGUUUGAAGGCAUGCAUAAGAAUGAAGCCAUAAGCCAACAGCUUCAUGUUUUACGGAAGGAAGUGAAGCAGUUGCAAGCAGAAGCUGCUAAACCACCAUCACUUAAUAUUGUGGAAGCCGCUGUACAUGCAGAAAACUUGAUCACGGCCUUAGUGAAUGCCUACAAGUUGCAGCCUACACCUGGGAUUCAGAAAGUUGGCAUUCGCCUUUUCUUUACUAUUGUGGAUUACGUCAGUGAUGAGACGCAGCGUCAUCCCCCAACAAGGCAGUUCUUUACUUCAUGCAUUGAGAUCUUGGGACAGGUGUUUAUCAGUGGCACUAAAUCAGAGUGCAGAAAAGUACUUGAGACCAUUCUGAAGAACAGCAGGCUCUGCUCCCUGCUGUCUCCUUUCUUCAUUCCCAGUGCUGCGCCUGCAGAGUUCAUACAGCUGUAUGAGAAAGUGGUGAAGUUUCUAAGUGAGGACAACAGUGAUAUGAUUUUCAUGCUGCUAACCAAGUUCGAUCUUAAACAAUGGUUAAGCGCCACUAAACCUCCUCUGUCUGAUCGUACCAGGCUUCUGGAGUCCAUUCACUUGGCACUUACUGCCUGGGGCCUUGAACCAGAUGAGGAUAUUUUGAUGCCAUUUAAUCUUUUCUGUAAGCACUGGACUUACCUUCUUCUCUACCAGUUUCCUGACCAGUACAGUGACAUUCUCAGGCUGCUGAUGCAAAGCUCCGCGGAGCAGCUGCUGAGCCCCGAGUGUUGGAAAGCCACUCUGAGAGCCCUGGGCUGCUGCGCCCCCAGCUGCCAGCAGGGGGCAGCGUCCGCCGAGGGCGCCGUGCUUCCCAGCUCUUCUGAUGGUCUCUUGUCAGACAAACAGGUAAUGGAGACUAUACAGUGGCUUUCGGACUUUUUUUAUAAGCUUCGGUUAUCCAAGAUGGACUUUAAAAGCUUUGGUUUAUUCUCAAAAUGGAGUCCUUAUAUGGCUGAUGUGAAGAAAUUCUUGGGCUACCUUGUGAAAAGGCUGAUUGACUCGGAAAUGGCCUGUUUGGCCCAAGACCCAACUGUCAGCAGGAAAACAGUGCUGAAAUCCCUACAUUCAGUAAUCAUUCAGCUCUUUAAGCCAUGGAUCCUGGUUUUAGAGGACAAUGAAAGCAGCCAACAGCGCCAUUACCCCUGGCUAGAGAGUGAUACUGUGGUGGCCUCAAGCAUUGUGCAGCUGUUUACUGACUGUAUUGACUCACUGCAUGAGAGUUUUAAAGAUAAGCUGUUGCCAGGUGAUGAAGGAGCCCUUUGGUUGCACCUGAUGCAUUAUUGUGAAGCAUGUACAGCACCCAAAAUGCCAGAGUUCAUUCUGUACACUUUCCAUAGCACGUACCGGAAACUGCCAUGGAAGGACCUGCACCCUGACCAGAUGCUCAUGGAGGCCUUCUUCAAAGUGGAACGAGGAAGCCCCAAGAGCUGUUUCUUAUUUUUGGGGUCUGUACUCUGUGAAGUCAACUGGGUUAGUGUGCUCUCUGAUGCCUGGAAUCCCAGUCCCCACCCAGAAACCCGCAGCAUGAUUGUCUGCCUCCUUUUCAUGAUGAUUUUAUUGGCAAAGGAAGUUCAACUGGUAGACCAAACAGAUUCACCUUUACUUAGUCUCCUUGGACAGACAAGCUCACUUUCAUGGCAUCUUGUGGAUAUUGUGUCGUACCAGAGUGUGCUAGGUUAUUUCAGCAGCCAUUACCCACCGUCCAUCAUCCUGGCAAAAGAAUCUUAUGCUGAAUUAAUCAUGAAGCUCCUAAAAGUGUCUGCGGGCCUUUCUAUUCCUACUGACAGCCAGAAGCAUCUUGAUGCAGUUCCAAAAUGCCAAGCUUUUACUCAUCAGAUGGUUCAAUUCCUCAGCACCCUGGAACAAAAUGGAAAAAUCACCUUAGCAGUCCUAGAACAGGAAAUGUCUAAGCUCUUAGAUGAUAUCGUUGUCUUUAACCCGCCCGACAUGGACAGCCAGACCCGCCACAUGGCCCUCAGCAGCCUCUUUAUGGAAGUCCUGAUGAUGAUGAACAAUGCGACUAUUCCAACAGCAGAGUUCCUUCGGGGCAGUAUCCGGACCUGGAUUGGCCAAAAAAUGCAUGGGCUGGUGGUGCUGCCGCUUUUAACAGCAGCCUGCCAGAGCCUGGCGUCCGUCCGCCACAUGGCUGAGACUACAGAAGCCUGCAUCACUGCCUACUUCAAAGAAAGCCCCGUCAAUCAGAAUUCAGGAUGGGGACCCAUUCUGGUAUCCCUUCAGGUUCCCGAGCUCACCAUGGAAGAGUUCCUGCAGGAGUGCCUCACCCUGGGCAGUUACUUGACUCUUUACGUCUACCUGCUUCAGUGUUUAAACAGUGAACAGACUCUAAGGAAUGAAAUGAAAGUGCUGCUCAUCUUAAGCAAGUGGCUGGAACAGGUGUACCCAAGCUCCAUGGAGGAAGAGGCAAAGCUGUUUUUGUGGUGGCACCAAGUCCUUCAGCUCUCCCUCAUUCAGACAGAGCAGAAUGACUCCGUCCUGACAGAAUCUGUCAUUCGAAUUCUGCUCAUGGUUCAGAGCAGGCAGAACCUCGUGGCUGAGGAGAGACUCAGCUCUGGGAUCCUGGGGGCAAUUGGGUUUGGCCGGAAGUCGCCUUUGUCUAACAGGUUCCGAGUGGUUGCCCGAAGCAUGGCUGCUUUCCUUUCAGUUCAGGUUCCUAUGGAAGAUCAGAUCCGUUUGAGGCCUGGCUCUGAGUUACAUCUGACCCCCAAAGCUCAGCAGGCUCUGAAUGCUCUUGAAUCCAUGGCAUCAAGUAAGCAGUAUGUUGAAUACCAGGAUCAAAUAUUGCAAGCCACCCAAUUUAUAAGGCAUCCUGGCCAUUGCCUUCAAGAUGGGAAAAGCUUCUUGGCUCUUCUCGUUAACUGUCUGUAUCCAGAAGUGCAUUAUUUGGACCACAUACGAUAGUAAUACUGAGGCUCUUGAAAAACCCAUUGCUGUUUAUGUUUACAUUUAACUUUGCUGUUGCACAAGUAACUUUGCUCAGUUUCACUGUAGAGCUCCGUUCGGCCAAUGUGUAGUUGACUGAGGUGCAAGUUGGGAGGCAUUAGAUAUUAGAUAAUUCUGGGGUGUGUGUGUGUGUGUGUGUGUGUUUUCUUAGCUCUUAAGACCUUCUGGGGACUCUUUAAGUUUUUAUAUUUAUCCACAAGAGAAACUUGCUAAGUUCCACUUGGGUACAGAGCCACUCACAGUUGCCGAAUGUCCCAGUCAUCUCACAAGACCUCCAGAUGGAGUUCUUUGUAUGUUUUCACUUCUGUCCCCGUUUUAUGUAAAUGUUCCAGAUCUGACAACCUUGGAAGUCACGUAGUACCCUUACUUUUAGACCCCAUUUGUGUUCCUCCAAAGUAAAAAAGUCAAUUUUGAAAAUUUCUGCAUUUCUCAAAUGUGGGGAAAUAGAAUAAUUUUAAAGUAUUGUUUUCCUCAGAAGGGAGAUAAAAAUGCCAAGUUAGUUAAAGUGGGUCAUGUGUAAAAUAUGACCACUUGAUCGUGAUUAUAGUGGGCAGUAGAGAUGAUGACAAGUCCAUUUCCAUCCAGCCGUGUGUCCUCAUGGAGAAGCUGCCUGUCUGAAUCAGGGUGGCAAGCUGGCAGUCUGGGAGGAGCAUGUUUUGCACAGAUGUUUUGUUUGGGCCACUUGGUGAGGAGUGCAGACAGGGCUGCCUCUCUCCAGUCGGGAGAGUCUGUGCAUUCCCUUGGGCCCUGACCCUAGCCUCAUUCACAUCACUUGCCCCUGUCGACACCUAAGUUUGUACCCUUUGAUAGACACCAUGUUUGAUAUCUGAAAGGCUCACUGUCAGGAGACAGAGACUGAGGGAGACUGAAGACCUGAUUCUCUGUUCUCUGCUUGUUUUUUAACUUCAAACUCAGAUGAAGCCAGUGGACCUGCUGAAACACUUGUCUGUGGAAACUGGGUCAGGUCAGGAGAUCUACUGAAAUUUGGCUUUUUUUCCAUAGCCACGUGCCUUCUGUUGUUGACAGUUCAUUCAUUACCAAAGCCUGUGUGUAACUUUGCCUUGUUCUGUGGCCAUCUUCUUGCUCAUGUUAUUUCUCCCAGGAAUGAGCAGUUUGACUUCUGUUCCCACGUUCCUCAUUCUAUCAGCUCUAGAUGGAUUUUGCCUGCAUAGCUGGCUUAAUAUGUCUUUGUGUAUGGGUACUUUGUAGCCUGAGAAUAUUUACCUAAAAAUGUCUAAACAGCCACCAAGAAUGUUUAUAGGGGUACAGGAAUAUAGUUAACAGAGCGCUAAUCUCUCCUCAAAUGUCCUUUUGGAAUGCUUCCCCCAAAAUUGGGAAGUUGGUAGGAGCUUUUCUUCACUUUGAAUUUCUUUAGUUGGACAGAACGAUUCUGCCUUACAGACACGCUUUGCAGCUCUGAUAAAGAACAUCUCUGUUCAGUCUCUUGAGUUUUACAGGCCACAAAAUGUCCAUCUCAGAGGGACCUGUCUCAGCUUUUCUUAUUUUUGCUUCUCUCUGUUUUCAAAAUUAAUCAUCUUGUUCUGUGUAUAAGAAAAUUUGAGAAGCUGUGGAUAAUUUAAUAGUCUUAUCUGGCAACAGCGAUUUUUGUUUGGAAAUAUUUUGUUUUCUUUGAGGAGGAUAUAAUUAUUGGUAUCCUAGGAUGUGAAAUUUUUGAGUGACAGUAUGCACAUUUUAAAGAAAAUUAUGAUUAAUCUGUAUAAUGUUUUUUGGUCUGUAAAAAUUAUAAAAAAUAAAAUCAUUUAUCUUUGGUUGUAA